AUGCCCGCGGGCCUCACGGAACCGGCCGGCGCCGCCCCCCCCGCCGGUGUGAGCGCCUCCGGGACCGUGACGAUGGCCCCCGCUGGGACUGUGCCUGUCCGUGUGGAGAGCACCCCGGUGGCCUUGGGCGCCGUGACUAAGGCUCCUGUCAGUGUCUGCGUGGAGUCCACGGUGUCCCAGCCCCUGCGGUCCCCCGUGGGGACCCUGGUGACCAAAGUGGCUCCUGUCAGUGCUCUUCCUAAACUCAGCAGCGGCCCCCCGCUGCCUGCUCCUCAGAUAGUCGCUGUGAAAGCCCCCAACACCACAACAAUCCAGUUGCCUGCUAAUUUGCAGCUUCCUCCAGGAACAGUUUUGAUCAAAAGUAACAGUGGCCAGUUGAUGUUGGUAUCUCCUCAGCAAGCUGUGACAAGAGCAGAGACCACUACUAACAUAACUUCAAGGCCAGCUGUACCAACGAAUACUCAUACAGUCAAAAUCUGUACAAUGCCGAAUUCUAGUUCACAGUUAAUUAAGAAAGUGGCAGUGGCACCUGUUAAAAAAUUGGCACAAAUAGGAACUACUGUUGUAACCACUGUUCCAAAGCCUUCCUCAGUACAAUCUGUAGCUGUGCCAGCCAAUGUUGUCACAGUUACUCCUGUAAAGCCGUUGAAUUCCGUAACUACCCUGAAGCCUUCAAGUUUGGGAGCAUCAGCUGCCCCCUCAAAUGAGCCCAGUCUCAACACAGAGAACUCAGCAGCUGUUCAGACGAGUCUUUCUCCGGCGAUGCUAGAAAAUGUGAAGAAAUGUAAGAACUUCCUUGCAAUGUUAAUAAAACUAGCAUGUAGUGGAUCACAGUCUCCAGAAAUGGGGCAGAAUGUGAAGAAACUGGUGGAACAACUUUUGGAUGGAAAAAUUGAAGCUGAAGAAUUUACUAGACAACUGUAUGUUGAACUCAAGUCUUCACCUCAGCCUCACCUAGUUCCUUUUCUUAAGAAAAGUGUGAAUGCCUUACGACAACUCAUGCCCAGCUCCCAGAGCUUUAUUCAGCAAUGUGUUCAGCAGACCUCUAGUGACGUAGUCAUUGCCACCUGUACCACAACAGCCACAACUUCUCCUGUGGUGACAACAGCAGUUUGCUCAAUGCAGUCUGAAAAACCCAUCAUUGUUUCCGGAGCAACAACACCCAGUACUGUGUCAGUGCCGACUCUGAAUCCACUCGCUGGUCCAGGGGGAGCAAAAACUGGAGUUGUGACACUUCAUUCUGUGGGUCCAUGUGCUGUGCCAGGAGGAACAACCGCUGGAAGUGUUUUGCUUCAGACUCCAAAACCACUUGUGACAUCUAUACAGAAUACAGUUACAGCAGUCUCGCUUCAACCUGAAAAGCCAGUUGUCUCUGGGGCAGCAGUCACGCUGGCCCUUCCCUCAGUAACUUUUGGAGAAGCUUCCGCAGCAGCUCUCUGUCUUCCAUCUGUGAAGCCUGUUGUUACUUCUGCUGGGACCACAUCCGACAAGGCCGUCAUUGCUCCAGUCCAGAUCAAACUUGCACAGCCGGGCCCCAUCCUUUCACAACCAGCUGGGAUUCCCCAGGCAGUUCAAGUCAAACAGCUAUUCUCAUUGUUUCAGGUAGUCCAGCAGCCUUCAGGAGGUGUUGCAAAACAAGUGACCACACUUUCCCAUUCCUCAGCAUUGACCAUUCAGAAAUCUGGACAGAAGAAGAUGCCAAUGAGCACUGCAAUACCUACCAGUCAGUUUGCUCCAGCUUCCAUUCUAAAGCAAAUUACCCUGCCAGGAAAUAAGAUUCUGUCAAUCCAAGCAUCUCCUAUUCAGAAAAAUAAAGUAAAAGAGAAUGGAACAACAUCCUUCAGAGAUGAAGAUGACAUCAAUGAUGUGACUUCCAUGGCAGGGGUCAACCUCAGUGAAGAAAAUGCCUGCAUCUUAGCAACAAACUCUGAAUUGGUUGGCACACUUGUUCAGUCAUGUAAAGAUGAACCAUUUCUUUUCAUUGGAGCUCUGCAAAAGAGAAUAUUAGACAUUGGUAAAAAGCAUGACAUUACAGAACUUAACUCUGAUGCUGUGAACUUGAUCUCCCAUGCAACACAGGAGCGAUUACGAGGCCUUCUAGAAAAACUGACUACAAUUGCUCAGCAUCGAAUGACAACUUACAAGGCAAGUGAAAAUUACAUCCUGUCUAGUGAUACCAGAUCACAGCUCAAAUUUCUCGAAAAGCUAGAUCAAUUGGAGAAGCAGAGAAAGGAUUUAGAAGAAAGAGAAAUGUUACUUAGGGUGGCCAAGAGUCGUUCCAAUAAAGAAGAUCCAGAACAGCUGAGAUUAAAGCAGAAAGCCAAAGAGUUACAACAGUUGGAGCUUGCGCAGAUACAGCAUAGAGAUGCUAACCUCACAGCUCUUGCGGCUAUUGGACCAAGAAAGAAGAGACCACUAGAAUCUGGUAUAGAAGGCUUAAAAGACAAUCUUCUUGCUUCUGGGACAUCCGGUCUGAUAGCCACCAAACAGUUGCUUCGUCCAAGAAUCACAAGAAUCUGUCUCAGGGACUUGAUAUUCUGUAUGGAACAGGAAAGAGAGAUGAAGUAUUCUCGAGCUCUGUACCUUGCCCUUCUGAAGUGA